CUGCUGCCAGUAAUGAUCUGUAACUCUCACUUCCCUAUUACUUUAUGACUUAAGACCAAGUUGCUGACAAGCCUGAACUGCUUCCCUCCUAAGACAAUGUCAAAGUGGUUCAACUUGAAAAGUUAGCAAAACCUAAACUGAAGAAAAAGAGUUAAAUAGUUUUUUUUUUUUCAAUUCUCUUGGAGAUUAGCGAUUCAGACAUCUUCAUAAAUCGUUGAUUUUUCAAUGUGCCAAUGGCGUUUCCCAACAUCAGUCCCCGGGAACACAAAUCUCUGUUCCCACUGCUAUUGGCAAUUCUGAUUUGGCAUGGAGGUACAGAAGUCAUGGCUCAAUCUGAACCAUCCACAGUCAGCAGUUUAAAUGUAACCGGAUAUACAGAUAUCAGUGUGGAACUAUUAUGGACCAAUCCUAAUGAGACAAAUUCAUCAACAUAUAAAUACAAUAUUCUUGCAUCAACUAGUAACAUAUAUGUGUUCAACCAAACAACAGAGGCCAAUGCCACUCAUUAUAAUGUGACUGGGUUAAACCCUGGGGUGAACUAUCAUUUCCAGGUUUUUACCGUUUCAGCAAGUGAUGUCUCCAGCAAAGACAGUGCAAACACAAGUCAAACUACACGUCCUUCCACUGUAAGCAAAGUGAAUGUAACUGCAAGAACGACAACCACCAUCUCUUUAUCAUGGGCAGUUCCCAAUGACAUAAAUACAGCAACCUAUGUCUAUAACAUAACUGUGAAUAAUGGCAGCUCUUCCUGGGAGAUUUCUACAAAGGACAACAAAACACAGAUUACAUCACUAUUGCCUGGUGUAAACUACGCAUUCAAGAUCUAUACUGUCACUUCUGAUGAUGUGACAAGCAUGGAUUUUGUUUCCAUCAGGGCAACAACAGAGCCCUCUGCUGUAACCAAUGUGACUGUAACUGCAAAAACGACAACCACCAUCUCUUUAUCAUGGGCAGUUCCCAAUGACAUAAAUACAGCAACCUAUGUCUAUAAAAUAAUUGUGAAUAAUGGCAGCUCUUCCUGGGAGAAUUCUACAAAGGACAACCAAACACAGAUUACAUCACUAUUGCCUGGUGUAAACUACACAUUCAACAUUUAUACUGUCACUUCUGAUAAUGUGACGAGCGUGGCUUUUGGUCCCAUCCCUGCAACAACAAAGCCCUCUGCUGUAACCAAUGUGACUGUAACUGCAAAAACGACAACCACCAUCUCUUUAUCAUGGAAGAUUCCCAAUGACAUAAAUACAGCAACCUAUGUCUAUAAAAUAAUUGUGAAUAAUGGCAGCUCUUCCUGGGAGAAUUCUACAAAGGACAACAAAACACAGAUUACAUCACUAUUGCCUGGUGUAAACUACACAUUCAACAUUUAUACUGUCACUUCUAAUAAUGUGACGAGCGUGGCUUUUGGUCCCAUCCCUGCAACAACAGAGCCCUCUACUGUAAGCAAUGUGACUGUAACUGCAAGAACGACAACCACCAUCUCUUUAUCAUGGAAGAUUCCCAAUGACAUAAAUACAGCAACCUAUGUCUAUAAAAUAGCUGUGAAUAAUGGCAGCUCUUCCUGGGAGAAUUCUACAAAGGACAACAAAACACAGAUUACAUCACUAUUGCCUGGUGUAAACUACACAUUCAACAUUUAUACUGUCACUUCUGAUAAUGUGACGAGCGUGGCUUUUGGUCCCAUCCCUGCAACAACAGAGCCCUCUGCUGUAAGCAAUGUGAAUGUAACUGCAAGAACGACAACCACCAUCUCUUUAUCGUGGACGGUUCCCAAUGACAUAAAUAGAGUAACCUAUGUCUAUAAAAUAACUGUGAAUAAUGGCAGCUCUUCCUGGGAGAAUUCUACAAAGGACAACAAAACACAGAUUACAUCACUAUUGCCUGGUGUAAACUACACAUUCAACAUUUAUACUGUCACUUCUGAUAAUGUGACGAGCGUGGCUUUUGGUCCCAUCCCUGCAACAACAAUUCCUUCUGUUGUUGCAGAUAUUCAGCUUGUAAGUCGGAACACAUCUUCCAUAACCAUCAACUGGACAAACCCACAUGAUAAUAGAGUUUCCCUAUACAAAUUCUCCAUACAGAUCAUUCUCGGCAGCAGUAAUAAUACCUACACUAGCAGCAACAAUUAUUUUACUGCGGAGAAUCUGCUUCCUGGAACCCAAUAUAACUUUUUUGUGCAGUCAGUCAUAGAUGAAUUAUUUAGCGCCUACAUGAACAAUUCCUUUUAUUCAAUUCCUAAUCAACCAUUAAAUGUUGCUGAAGUCACUGCCAAUACGUCUGCUCUCAGUCUCACUUGGACAGCACCAAAUGAUCCCAACAAGGAUUCCUACAAUUACAAAGUAGUCUGUACUGACCAAAAACAAAACAUUGCUUGUGACACUCUUAUCAUGAAGGAUACUGUUGCUGUGAUUUCCAACUUGAAGCCAGGAACUCUGUAUAAUGUAACAGUCAAUUCUGAGAUUGAAAACGCAUACAGUACAGGAACUCAAAAAUGGCUGCAGACCAACCCGCUCAGUCCUGAAAGCCUAAGUAUUGAUAACAUUACCAAUUCUACCGUUGUUUUUAAAUGGAAGAAUCCUAACUAUUCGGAAGGUCACGUUACUGGCUUUCAGUUGGAGACUGAGACUAACAAAACCAUUACAAAAAUAAAUGUUACAAAUAUCGCAGCUGAUUCAUACGAACUGACAGGGUUGGUGCCUGGAAGUAAUUACAGUUUUACAUUAAGAAGCUAUACCAUUAAUAUCAUUGAACCUGGAACAAGGAUUUUUCGCAGGGAAGUUGGGUCUAAGACUAUUACAACAUUCAGUGCAGCAAUCACCCAGCGAAGUCAAAUGGAGCCAAAUAUGGUCACCCAAAUCUAUUGUAAAUCACUCAGCGCAUAUAAAGUAGAGGUAGAUUUUCACUGUCCAAGUGGAGCAUACACUAAUUUUAUCAUAUUAGUCAAUGGUCAAGAAAGAGUGGUCACUUCCAACUGUGGGCCGGUUACUGUGGAUGACCUUUCAGCUGCACAGGGUUAUGAGAUCAGUGUUCGAACGGUGGCAUUUCCAAAAUUUGCUACUAAUUCACCAAUAAGCUGUAACACCGAUAGCACAGGAGUCAUUGUUGGAAGCAUAUUUGGAGUUUUGUUGUUCCUCCUUCUUGUGGGACUGAUUGCUUUCUUUGUUUUGAAAAAGAGGAGGUUAUAUAAAGGUGAGCCGUCAUCCUCAUCGUCACUUCCCUUUAAACGAUUCCCGACUCCCAUAACUAAAGAAGACUUCACAGAUUAUUUUAAUAAGCAGCAUGCUGAUAGUGAUUUUGGGUUUGCUGAAGAAUAUCAGCAACUUAGCUCUGUUGGUACAAACCAGGCAAAAACAGCCGCAGAAAAUCCAGCUAACAGAGCAAAGAAUAGGUUUACCAACGUUGUGCCAUAUGACCAUUCCCGAGUUAAACUGAGCUGCAUAGAAGGGGAUUCUUCCAGUGAUUACAUUAAUGCUAACUACAUGCCUGGGUUUAAUUCCGGUAAAGAAUUCAUUGCCACCCAAGGUCCUUUACCCAACACCACAGGAGACUUCUGGAGAAUGAUUUGGGAGCACCAGAUCAACACGAUUGUAAUGCUAACCAACUGCAUGGAAAAUGGCAGAGUAAAAUGUGAGCGUUAUUGGCCCCUGGAUUACACACCAUGUACUUAUGACGAUAUUACUGUAACAGUCACUUCUGAAACAAUCCUUACUGAUUGGACAAUACGGGACUUCUCACUCAAACAUGCUAAACAACAGGAUAUAAAAGAUGUGCGUCAUUAUCAUUACACUGCCUGGCCAGACCAUAAUGUUCCAGAGAACACCACAACCAUUAUCAAGUUCCGUAGUCUUGUCCGAGAUUACUUGGAGCAAAGAAAGAGCAACGGGCCCUGUGUUGUCCACUGCAGUGCUGGGGUAGGGCGUACCGGAACACUUAUUGCUCUGGACUACCUGAUACAGCAGAUGGAAAAGGAGCAUCGUAUUGGUACUUACAACUUUGUACAGAAGAUGAGAAUGAAUCGAGGCCUAAUGGUACAGACAGAGUCCCAGUAUGUAUUUCUUAACAAGUGUAUGCUGGACUUAAUAGAACAACCUGCAGAAGAGAAUAUCUAUGAAAACCAGUUGACAGACCUCAUCUAUGAGAACGCCAGUGCUGUUCGUGAGUUCCAACGGCAGAACUAAGAAAUAUUGGGCACUUGAAGCAUUGGUAUCUGACAAGGACUAAACAAACCAGACUAGUUGCUACGUGCGUUUAUUUGGCCUGCUUGUGUUUUUUCAAUGCCAUAAUUGCUUUGGUUUUUUAUGAAGCUUUACUUCUGCUCUGAAACAAGAUUUUACUUUUUGUUGUUGAAAUAGAGAAACAGUAUACCCAGAUUUUAUUUAUCUUAUGUCCAGAUUCAUUAAGCUCUACCAGAUACUUAUCCAUGAGAGGUCCUUAUGUAGAGUAACUUGUAGAUAAUAUUAGUCAUACAGCAAUUUACUUUCAUGAAAAGUAUAGAGAUGAAUAGAUGCAGGCCAUUUAUUUUGGGAAGAUGUCUUUCUCUUUUAAAGAUUAAUUCAUUUCAAAGACUAUAUGUAUAUGCCUACUUGCAAAUUUUCCAUAAGGCUCUUUUAGGUUCAAUUUUCUUUUUCAGACUUGCAGAUCCUUCAUAAAAAAAAUAUAUUUACUACUGAAGACAAAGACAACCUGUAAAUACUUCAACAUAUUCAAAGAACAAAUUUAUUUUCCAUUUUAAUGAAGUGAUCUAAAAAUAAGCAAUAGCCCUAUUAUUUGCACUUUUUAUAGUUUUGCUAUCUUAAUUCAAAAGUAUAUAAAUAUCUACUUCUCAUGGAUAUAGGUACCAAUAAUUGUAUGAUGAUGAGAGUUGAUUGUCUUUUUAGGGUGGAUUGUGAAGCUUAUGAGAUAAAAAUGAAGGAGCAAGGAUAAACUAGUAACGUUAUUGUUGACAAAGAACUAGCAUCUAGUAUCAAUAAAACACUGUCCAGUUCAGUGUGACUUAAAGCACUGAAAUGAUUGCUCUGUUUUUUAAGAACAGUUUUUCAUUUAAAGUGGAAGCCUUAGUCCUGUCUAAACAAAGGGUAGAAGAGUGCUGGAGGCAGACCCGGGGAUAAGUCUGGUCUACUGUAUAAAGCAGUAAUAGCACUACCAGGUGUUAAGUGAAAUAUCAUUCAACUACAGUUUGCGCCAAAAGCUGCCAUUGGACAUAAAAGAGAAUGAUUCUUAAACCAAAAGCACUUAGAGCACAUUUACCGACACCUAAUGUGUUAUGGACAAAAUCUCACGUUCUUAUGCACUGCUCACAAUCAGAAUCAUAUCCAAUGGUAAAAAAGGUGACCAUUAACAUAACUUCCAAUCUAAGCAAAUAGCAGUUUUCAGCAGACCUAAGCUGCCAAAAAGUAUAGAUGAAAGUUACUUUGAAAAAUGAAAAUGCAAUAUGUAAACAAAAGGGCAAUGUAUUUGCUUUGACUCAGAAUAGGAUCAUCUACAGUGUUUUACACUUACAACAGCUCAUUUACAUACAGCAACUUUUAUAUUUACAAUGGGCAAAAGAGCUCUGAUUUUUUUAUUAAAAAAAUACAUUAAGCUAAUCAAGGAAGCAAAUGUCUUAUUAUCACUGCCGAUCCAAAUGAAUUAUCUUACAACUGUACAAUUAAAAAUAAGUAAUACUUUCAUUUUAAACAAUUAUAUCAUUUUUAGAAGAAAUGACUCUUUUAGGAUCAGAGUAAUCCGGAUAAUAGAAGCACAAUAGCAUUUUGUGUGUUCAUAAAUACAAGUACCGUACAGGUCUCAUUUUUCAUCAGACGUUAUGUCUAAAGUAAAUCUGUCAUUUAUUUUUAUUUGGCUUCAAGCUGCCGAGUCGGAGAUGUCAACAUGUCAUUUUGGUUUAAAUUUAUAUACCUCAAUGACUUGGCUUGGAUUUGCAUCUGAAUUGAAAUGCAUUUAUAAACUAAAAAAAUUACUUUUCCCAUCAUCCUGUAAAUGGUGUUGGCUCAAUUCCCCCCCCCCCCCAGCCACUCCAAAUAAAUAAAAAUAAAAUAAAUUUAAAUUUCAGAUUAAAAUUGAAACAUUAUUAUUAGCAGUGAACACAACCAAGUCAUUAAAAUAUUUAUUAAAGGGACAUGAAACCCAAACAUUUCCUUUAUUAUUUAGGUAGAACAUACCAUUUUUAACAACCCUUCUGUUUAUUUCUAUUAUUAAAUUAGCUUCAUUCUCUUGGUAUCAUUUGCUGAAGGAGCAGUAAUGUACUACUGGUUUCUAACUGAACACAUUGGUGAGCAAAUGACAAUCAGUAUAUAUAUGCAGCUUACCUAGAUAAACCUUUCAGCAAAGGAUAGCAAGAGAAGGAAUCAAAUUAAAUAAUAGAAGUACAUUGGAAAGUUGUUUAAAAUUGUAUGCUCUGUCUAAAUCAUGAAUGUCUAAUUAUGACUUUACUUUUAAUGUUUGUAGUGUUUUGUUAAUAUGAUUGAUUCCUAACACAAGCUUAAAAUAUACGGUCAAUGAAACAUUUCAGCUGUAACAUUUCCAAUUGCUAAAUAACGGUACUCAAACGUUUCCAACUAAAUUGACCAGCUAUAUAUAACAUAACAUUUUAUAAUCAAAUCUCAUGGUGUUUACUUUCCCUUUAAUGUUUCAGUCACAUCCGUUCAGUGUGUAUUAAGUCUUAUAAUAGGUUACCUGUAAACAACAAGAGAACCACUCAACACCUCAAUAGCUUAUUCUACGACAAGUCACCAACUGGGAGAAGUUUUUGUAGCUCAAUUGUACUUUAAAAGGUUACUAUGAGAAGUGAACUUUUUGUCAUAAUCAACAAAAGUAGCCAGAUGGUUCUAUUUUACCAUCAAACUGUGUUUUGACUUCAUUAUGGGAGUUUUACUUUGUUAAUCAUAAUUAGCAUAAGUAUUUAUUGCUGAUACACAGGAUAAUGUUUUCAUUCCAAGAUCAUUUGCAGGCAAUUUCAAAAUUGUCACAAAAUGGUUCUGACAGCAGCUCCAGUUACAAAAGCUAAUGACAGUGGCUUAGAUGAAGGACAUAUAAUCAGCAUUAGAAUAUACACCACUGUAGUACAAUAAAAAAAUAAAAAAUUGUACAAAAAAAACUUUAUUACCUUGCCAGUUAUCUUCAAAAUAUGUUUUUGAAAAACAAAUCCGAAAUGUAUUAGUUAUACAGUCGCCAUUACAGAACUAUAUGCUCAAAGCUGCUGAUCUGGCAUUUUGUGCAAAUAUAUCUGUCCAUAAUCAGGAAACGUUUCACCUUAUGCCAUAGAAAUGAAGGACUAAGAGCAUUAUUAGUAAUAUAAUUUACAGUGAAGCCUAAUGUGUACAUUUGUUUUGGAAAAUAGAGACCCCUCCUUUAGCAGACCUUUAUUUUACUUAGUAUCAGGUUAAACAAUGCACCAGUUGGUUUGACUACUCACACUUACACUCCUUAAAGGGACACUGAACCCAAAUUUUUUUCUUUCGUGAUUCAGAUAGAGCAUUCAAUUUUAGCAACUUUCUAAUUUUCUCCUAUUAUCAUUUCUUCUUCGUUCUCUUGCUAUCUUUAUUUGAGAAAGAAGGUAUCUAAGCUAAAAAGCAUGACAAUUUUUGGAUUAGAACCCUGGACAGCACUUGUUUAUUGGUGGGUGAAUUUAUCUACCAAUCAGCAAGAACAACCCAGGUUGUUCACCAAAAAUGGGUCGGCAUCUAAACUUACAUGGUUGCUUAUCAAAUAAAGAUACCAAGAAAAUGAAGAAAAUUUGAUAAUAGGAGUAAAUUAGAAAGUUGCUUAAAAUUGCAUACUCUAUCUGAAUCAAAAAAAAAAUUGGGUUCAAUGUCCCUUUUGAUUAAUCAAUAAUACUAGUAAGUGGAUUAAUUGCAAUAAAUAUUAUCAUUAACCAAGUGCUAAAGGAGAGAAGGUAUAUCAGUUCGAGCCACACAAAAUGUCACUUAAGUUUGAAAAAAGUAAAGUGUUAACCCCACAUAACAACAGUAAUGCCAUCCAUACCUUACUACAAAGAUUUUAAACUAAAAUGAUCUAGUAUUAAUUUUUUCCUCAAUGAUUGUUGCUCAAAUUGUCAUUAACUCAAUUUUUUUAUGUUAAAUUGUGAAAUGAAUGUGUACUUUGAAUAGUUUAAAGGCGUAGAAAGGUCAAAAAUGAAAUGCGCAUAGGUGCAUUUUAAUUUGAAAUAUAAACAUGUUUGCAAUAUACUCCCAUUAGCAAAAAUUUGGCUAGUAAAAGUCAUUACUGUUUUUUCUGCAAAUUAUGUAUUCACAAGCAAUACAAACUACUGCUAGCUCUCUAAGAAGCUUUAGUGUUUGAAUACUGGUGCACGGCCCUUACAGGAGGAAUUGCUUUUACUAGAAGCAUUUUUGCUAAUUGAAGUAUAUUGAAAAAAUGUUUAUAUUUCAAAUUGAAAUGCACCCAGGCACAUUUAAAUUUUGACUUUUUUAUCCCUUUAAAAAACAGAAAAUGUUAUAAUAUUGUAAAUCAUUGCACUGCCCCCACCCUGCUACUUCAUAAUGCCACCCAGCUGGCAAAAUUUGAUGGCAUAACCUAAACACCAAAUGCAUAGGUACCCUACAAUUUUAACUACCUUUAUGGGAAAGAACACUGAAAUCAGUAAAAAAACAAAAAUAAAAAACCCAAUUAUUACACAAUACAGCAGCAUUUUGUACGUGCCACUUUCCAUAAAUAUGUAAUUUAUAUAAUUAAGUUUAUGAUUGAAAAAAAUUGGGGUCCAAGUAUUACAAAUGUGUUAUAUCUUUCAAUGAAAUACUAUAUUUACAAUUAGGUAAAUGUGAAGAUAAAUCUUGUAGAUCUUUUAUAACUUCAACUUUACAUAUAUAUUAUCAGAACAAUUAAUAUAUAUAUUUUCAUACUAUAUGCUUUGAUAUUUAUAAUAAAAAGAUAUAUGUAUAUUUGAAAGUUGCAUUGUAUUGACAAAACAAAUAUAUAGAGAUAAAUGUUUACUGUCAUGGUAAAUAAUCAAUGAAGAAUAAUUUAUUGAAAUGGUAUGUAUAUAAUAUAAUUUUUAUGAAUUGUAAAUGUCUUGGAUUUUGUGACUUGUAAACAGCAAAAUAGUGAUGUAUUUGACAAAUUACUGUCACUGGAAAAAAAAAAAAAACAUUCUAAUUUAUUAAAUGAUUGGCUAACUGAC